AUGGAUGCCGACUCAACACCCUAUCCUGAAGAUCUGAUUAUGAUUGGGAACACCGUGGACAUUCACGAGGAUUCCAAGCCUCUUCUUCUGGAAGAAGAGCACACUUUAUCUGAGAACAACGAGCAAACAUCAAGGAAUUGCGAAAGUAUGAAUCCAACUUCACAAUGUGGCAAAACUAUCGUGGUAAUGCCCGAAGACAUCGAAGCUGCAGGAUUGAGCUUGCAGAACUUGGGCGAUUUAACAGAAGCACAAUUUACUACGUUAGUCGAUAUUGUAGAGCGACGAGAAAGAAGUGUGGGAUCUGCUGAGUCAUCUGAUUUAAUACAUCGAGAACAGUACGACGACCAAAUGGCCAGCUCAUCUUCUAGUGGAGAUUCACUCACCAUUGUAAUAACAGAUGAUGGAAGUCUAAGGCUUACGGAUGCCACUGGGCAUACGUUCUCGUUUGAUGGUGCUCAGUUAGAUGCGCUUCGAAUUGAUAUAAAUAAUUUAACGGACGAGAAUAUUCAGCAGAUUGUUCAACUGGCAAUGCCUGCAAUUAGAAUCGGAAAUGGGAAUUUCGCUAAAUCAAAAGCAGAGAUAGAGCGCCGUCGACAUGAUCAGGCCUUGGUGCAGUAUGAGGAUGGUCGUUUCGAAUGGGUUGGAGGCGACAAUUUAGACUUGUGUGAAAACAAGGCUGUGGAACAUUUCGACCACUCUGGAUAUCAUGCUGGAAAUCUACCACAUGAGAAUGAGAACACAACAUCUCGUGGUAGCGUAACGCAAAUAAAACGCCAACACUCAACCAAUUCCUUUGGUGCUACUGCCAGCCCGCCAAAAAGGCGCAGUAUUGAGCAAACUCCGAACUUUUGCUGUCCUGUAUGUGAUCGAAAGGUUUAUCAAAAGGAACCAUCAUAUAUCGUUAUACGACUUCCUGCGUGUGAUGACUGUACAAAGGAGAGAAUGAUAGUGUUAGAUGAACGUACAAGAAGAGUAGAUGAUCCUUCUAAAUAA